AUGGCUAACAACACGGCGGAUCUCGGUGGUGGCGGUGGAAUGCAAGACGAGGAAUAUGAUGAGAACUCAUCCGCCCGUCUCUUCGAACGCAGUCGCAUCAAAGCUCUUGCUGAAGAACGUGAGCACGUUCAGAAGAAAACGUUUACAAAAUGGGUGAAUUCUCACUUAGUCAGAGUAAGCUGCAAAAUCCAGGAUCUUUAUAUGGAUAUGCGAGAUGGAAAAAUGUUACUGAAACUAUUGGAAGUUUUGUCCGGAGAACGUCUGCCGAAACCUACUCGUGGUAAGAUGCGUAUCCACUGCCUAGAAAAUGUCGACAAAGGCCUGCAGUUUCUUAAGGAUCAACAUGUGCACUUGGAAAAUCUUGGCUGUCAUGAUAUUGUCGACGGAAAUCCACGCCUGACUUUAGGUUUAAUCUGGACCAUAAUUUUGCGAUUCCAGGAUUUUUUUUCUUUGAAAAUCUUUGAUGCUGAUAAUCAUGAAACCCGUUCUGCCAAAGAAGCGUUGCUGCUUUGGUGCCAAAUGAAAACAGCUGGUUAUCCCAAUGUGAAUGUGCGAAACUUUACCACAAGUUGGCGUGAUGGUCUGGCAUUUAACGCGCUUAUCCACAAGCACCGCCCAGACUUAAUCGACUACGAUAAUCUGCAAAAAUCUAAUGCCGUCUAUAAUCUCCAAAAUGCUUUCGAUACGGCUGAACAACAUCUUGGACUGUCAAAAUUCUUGGAUGCUGAAGAUGUCAAUGUACGCGAUCCUGAUGAGAAGUCUAUCAUCACCUAUGUUGUUACCUAUUAUCACUACUUCAAUAAAAUGAAACAGGAGACUAUACAAGGGAAACGCAUUGGCAAGGUUAUUAAUGAACUGAUGGAGAACGAAAAGAUGAUUAAUAGGUAUGAAACCAUUUCAUCCGACCUUUUGGAAUGGAUUAAACAGAAGAUUGAAGUCCUUAACGAUAGAAACUUCCACAACUCGCUGCAUGGAGUGCAAGAACAGCUCGCUGAGUUCAAUGCUUAUAGAACACAAGAAAAGCCGCCUAAAUUCGAAGAGAAGGGGGAGCUAGAAGUGCUCUUGUUCACGCUACAGUCUGCUAUGCGUGCUAACAACCAACGUCCAUUUGUGCCCCGUGAGGGGAAGCUUAUCGGCGACAUCAACAGGGCAUGGGACUUACUUGAAAAAGCGGAACACGAGCGCGAGCUGGCUCUGAAAGAAGAAAUAAUCCGCCAGGAGAAGUUGGAGCAGCUUGCUACUCGGUUUAACCGCAAAGCUGAGAUGAGGGAGACUUGGCUAACGGAAAAUCAACGUCUUGUCAGCCAGGAUAACUUUGGAACCGAUUUAGCCAGUGUCGAGGCUGCUACGAAGAAACAUGAGGCCAUUGAAACAGAUAUUUUCGCCUAUGAAGAGCGAGUACAGGCCGUCGUAGCUGUUGCUGGUGAACUCGAGGCUGAGAAUUUCCACGGAAUUGAAGAGGUUAACAAUCGCAAGGAAAAUGUCCUCAAACUUUGGAAUUAUCUUUUCCAGCUUCUUCUUGCACGUCGUGUGCGUCUUGAGCUCUCAAUGGCUAUACAGCGCAUCUUUCAUGAUAUGCUUCUUACACUCGAUCUUAUGGAUGACAUCAAGGCACGUCUCUUAUCAGAGGAUCUUGGUGCUCAUCUUAUGGACGUUGAAGAUAUGUUGCAAAAGCAUGCUCUACUUGAAUCUGACAUUAACAUUAUUGGAGAGCGUGUCCGAAAUGCUGUAGCACAAGCUCAACGUUUCCGCGAUCCUGAAGGUCCAGAUGGUAGUGGUUAUUUGCCAGUAGAACCGGCCGUUGUUGACGAGCGUUCAGCUAUUUUACAGCAGAGGUUUUUCAAUCUUUUAUGCUCUGCCCAACGUAAGCGACGCCUUGAAAAUAACCGUAAACUGUGCCAGUUCUGGUGGGAUGUGGCUGAUCUUGAAAACAGCAUUAAAGAACAAGAACGCGUACUCAGCUCUACUGAUACUGGCAAAGAUGUUGUUACGGUGUCGCAUCUCCUCGCGAAGCAUAAAAAUGCAGCAAAUACUCUUGGAGACAUUGAGCGUCAGCUUGACGAACUUGCUAAAGACGGUGAUGAGUUGAUUGCCAACAAUAUCCCUGGUUCUGACAAUAUCCCGCCUCGUAUCGAAGAGAUUCGUGAUUACCUAAAGAAGCUUCACGAUUUAGAACGUGUGAGACGUGAAAGACUUCAUGCUGGAGUUGAUUACUAUAUGUUCUUCACUCAUGCGGACAAUGUAGAUGCGUAUCUUCUCGACACCUUGCGUAUUGUUUCAAGCGAUGACGUCGGCAAAGACGAGGGCACCGUGCAGUUACUUCUUAAGAAACACGACGACGUUUCGGACGUACUUCAGACGUUCGACACCCACAUCAAAGAGCUUUAUCAAAAAGCCGAAGCUCUACCGGUUGAUGCUAGAGAACAUCCGGACAUUCGAGAACGUCUUGACUCUACGAUUAGACGUAAGGCAGAACUUGAAAAUCUCUCCCAACUCAGGAAACAACGGCUUAUCGACGCUCUUUCUCUCUACAAGCUCUAUGCUGACGCUGAUUCUGUGGAAGCAUGGAUUGAUGAGAAGGGCAAACUGUUGGCGACACUGGUUCCUGGGAAGGAUCUUGAAGAGGUUGAAAUAAUGAGGCAUCGUUUCGAUACACUUGAGCAGGAUAUGAAGAGCCAAGAAGCUAAGGUACGAAUAGUGAACGAACUUGCUCGCCAGCUUCUGCAUGUAGAACAUCCGAAUUCCGACGAGAUUUUGGAACGUCAGAAUAAGCUAAAUGCUCGUUGGGCUCAACUUCGUGAUAUGGUUGAUCAAAAGAGAACGGAAGUUGACCGCGCUCACCGUCUCGAGACUUUCAGGAUCGAUUGUCAGGAAACUGUCACUUGGAUUGAGGAUAAAACUCGCGUGCUUGAAGACUCUGAUGCGUUAACUAAUGAUCUCAGUGGUGUGAUGAAACUUCAGAGAAGGCUUUCUAUGAUGGAGCGCGAUCUAGGCGCAAUCCAACUGAAACUGGAUGCCCUUCAUAAAGAAGCAGAUUCCAUAGAAAAAGAACGACCUUCAGAAGCGCAAGCGAUUCGUGAGGACAUUAAACGUAUCCAUCAUGUGUGGGACAUUCUCAACAAAAAAGUUCGCGAACAUGAAGCGAAACUGGAUGAAGCUGGCGAUUUGCAACGAUUCCUUCGUGACCUGGAUCACUUCCAGGCGUGGCUUACCGCUACGCAGCGACAAGUUGCAUCUGAAGACGAGCCACAAUCGUUAGCUGAAGCGGAGCAAUUGCUUAACCAGCAUGCUGCUAUUCGUGAAGAAAUUGAUGGAUACGCUGAGGACUACAAGAAGAUGCGCGCCAUGGGAGAUCGCGUAACGCAGGACCAGACCGAUCCUCAGUACAUGUUCCUUCGGCAACGUCUCGUCGGCUUGCAAGAGGGAUGGGAGGAACUGCAACGUAUGUGGGACAACAGGCAACAUCUGCUCAGUCAGGGACUAAAUCUUCAGAUGUUCCUGAGAGACGCAAAGCAGGCGGAGGUAAUGCUUUCACAACAGGAGAAUUACCUCACCAAAGACGAAGCUCCGAACAGUUUGGAGCAGGCAGAAAACAUGCUGAAGAGACAUCAAGAUUUCAUGACCACCAUGGAUGCAAACGACGAAAAGAUACGUGCCGUUGGAAUGUUUGGAGAUCAGCUUUGUCAAGAUGGACACUACGCAGCGGAUAAGAUCCAUAAGAAGGCUCGUAACAUUGAUGAACGUCGCGAGGCUAAUCGUGAACGUGCUCAAGUAUUACUCAGUAAGUUAAAGGAUGCCCUUUCGCUUCAGCAGUUCCUCUCCGAUUGUGAAGAGCUGAGAGAGUGGAUUGAAGAGAAAAUGAUUCGAGCGCAAGACGAAACCUACAGGGAUGCAAAAACAAUUACGUCGAAGUUCGUUCGCCAUCAAGCUUUCCAAAGCGAGCUACAGGCAAACAAAGAGCGACUUGACCAACUACAGCAUGCCGCUAUCGAUUUGGGUGCUGAUAAACCUGAAUUCAGUGGAACCAUUGAUCCUCAAAUCACUGAACUCGCUCAUCAGUGGGAGCAGUUGGAGAAGACCACCGAAGAAAAAGGACAGAAGCUGUUCGAUGCAAAUCGUCAACAGCUGUAUGUCCAAAGUAUUGCUGACAUGAAGGAGUGGGCCAGCCAGCUGGAAAAGGAAAUGGUACGGGACGAUCCAGCUGCUGAUCUUACUACUGUAAAUAUGGCUAUGCAGAAGCAACAGAUGAUUGAAACUGAAAUGAUUAAAAAAGCACACCACAUUGACCAACUAAUGGAAAUGGAACCACAACUGGAGGAAAUGCAUCCAGACGAACUAGAAGACAUUCGUGCACAUCGAUUAGCCGUACAGGAGCAGCUUCAAAGACUUCAAGCUCCUCUUGAUGAUCGUCGGCGUCAGUUGGAGCGUAAAAAGGCGGCGUUCCAGUUUGGUCGCGAUGUCGACGACGAAAAACUGUGGAUAGCGGAGAGACUCCAUUUGGCUCACUCUAAACAACUCGGUGAAAAUCUACCAGAUUGCCAAAGGUUACAGAAGAACGCGCAGUUAUUGACAAAUGAGGUUGAGAAUCACGAGCCGUGGAUAGAGCGUAUUUGCAGUAACGGACGCGAACUCAUCGACGCAGGACACGAAAACUCGGCCGCCUUUGAGGAACGCAUUGCUGAACUCCGCGAUGCUUGGCAAGAACUGAAAGAUGCGAUCAACGGCAGAAAAGAGAGACUAGCAGAGAGUGAGAAAGCACAUCAAUUCCUCUAUGAUUGUGGAGAAGCCGAAGCUUGGAUGAGCGAACAAGAGCUCUACAUGAUGCAGGACGAGCGUGGAAAAGACGAAUUCUCUACUCGAAAUCAAAUCAAAAAACAUGAGCGUCUUCAGUCUGAUAUCGACAAAUUUGCUGAUACCAUACGACAGUUAGCUGUCAAAGCACAAAAGUUUGUUGAUGAACAGAGUCCGCUGAGUGACCAAAUUGCCCUGCGACAGUCACAGAUUGAGAAACUGUAUGCUGGUCUCCAAGAUUUGUCAAAAGAGCGAAGAAAGCGAUUGGACGAGACUCUAGAACUAUACGCCCUACAUCGUGAAAUCGAUGACCUGUUGCAAUGGAUUGCUGAUAAGGAAGUAGUGGCUGGUAGUCAAGAGAACGGCCAGGAUUACGAGCAUGUCCAAAUGCUUCAAGAGCGAUUCCAGCAGUUUGCAAGAGACACUGAAAAUAUUGGGUCGGAAAGAGUAGCGCGAGCAAAUGACGGCUGUGACGCAUUGAUUGCGACUGGUCAUUCUGAUGCACCCACUAUCGCACUGUGGAAAGACAGUCUUAAUGAGGCGUGGGAAAAUCUUCUGGAACUGAUUGACACCCGUGCACAAAUAUUGGAAUCUAGUAGACUGUUGCACAAAUUUUUCCAUGAUUGCCGCGAUUGCCUUUCGCGAAUUCUCGAGAAAACGCAUGCUAUGCCUGAAGAUUUGGGACGCGACUCAAGCAGUGUUGGUGCUCUGUCUAGGAAGCACCAAAACUUCCUUAAAGAUAUUGAUGCCAUUGGAGAGCAGGUAGCUCAAAUCGAACGUGAUGCUGGUGAUCUACGAGAUGGGUACGCAGGCGAUCGUGCACUAGAGAUGGCAGCCCGUGAGUCUGAGGUGGUAAAGGCAUGGAGACAUUUGCGUGGAUUGUGCGACGCAAGAACCUCGAGACUUACGGAUACUUCUGAUCUGUUCCGAUUCAUGAAUAUGGUCCGUGAUCUUCUUCUGUGGAUGGACGAAGUUAAACGCGAGAUGACAACUCAAGAACGACCGAAAGACGUUAGCGGAGUUGAGUUGCUCAUGAAUAAUCACCAAAGUCUGAAGGCUGAAAUUGACGCUCGAGAGGACAAUUUCAAUUCCUGUAUUUCACUUGGAAGAGACUUGUUAAAUCGAAAGCACUACGCAUCAAGUGAGAUCGAAAAGAAGCUGAUAAAGCUGACAACGGAAAGAGCGGAAAUGAUGAGACGGUGGGAGGAUAGAUGGGAAUAUUUGCAACUUAUUCUCGAAGUCUAUCAGUUUGCCCGCGAUGCUGCUGUUGCGGAAUCUUGGCUUAUGGCACAGGAGCCGUACCUCAUAUCACGGGAAUAUGGAAGAAGUCUGGAAGAGACGAUAGCCUUGAUAAAGCGACACGAAGCUUUUGAAAAGUCAGCGGCUGCUCAAGAAGAGAGAUUCCUUGCUUUGGAAAAACUGACCACGUUCGAGUUGAAGGAAAUGCAACGGUUGGAAGAGGAAGCGGCGAGGAGGCGUGGCUAUCUAGGCAGUCCAUCACGACAGCCGCAUGAAGGUUUCGGUGUUGAUCCAGACGGUGAGUUUUAUUUUCACUUCGUUGCAGAACGUAGUCGGUUAUCAACUGGUGAAAGUAGUGGCUGGCGCAUGUCCCUGGCAAGGGCACCAAAAUUCGAUUCGCGUGACCCGCGAGGAACGAAGACAGGUGAUGCUUUUGAGGGAACAUUAAUUCGGAAACAUACUUACGAAUCAUUGGACAGAAAGGCGUCAAACCGAUCGUGGGAGAAGUUGCUUGCAGUUUUGCGCAACAACGAGCUUACAUUCUAUAAGGAUGCCAAACACAAAGAAGAAGGUGCUACAUUCCAUAAUGAGCCGGCGGUGAACUUACCCGGUUGUUCGGUCAAUGUAGCGCAGGGUUAUCAGAAAAAGAAAAACGUGUUAUCGUUACGAAUGCCUAUUGGAGCAGAGUACCUUCUUCAGUGUGCAAGCGAGGAGGAUUGUCAGCGAUGGUUAAGUGAAUUGCAACUGGCAACUGGUCAGGCACAAUUGGAAGAGGGAUCUCGGUCCCAUACGUUGCCGGAGGGUGCGCAAGCGAAGGCGAAAAAGGGUGGUUUCUUUUCGCGGAGCAAAAAGUAG